GCUUGCUACUUUCAGGCACUCCAAAAGUCCAAAUAGAGACCACAGGGACAAACAUGGAAAUAACCCGAAGAAAUUUGCCGACUCCCGUCUCCACUUCUCUUCGUCAUCUCUGAUAUCUCCCCACAUCGCCCCUUUCCUGAUCUCAAAUUUAUUGUUAAUUUCUUCCGCAAAAUUUGUUGCCCUUGCCCUUCACCAUCGGCGGCUGGAAAUACCAAGGCAUCCUCCUUCCACCCAAGCCUUCUCUUCUCUCGUCUAGAGGCGUCGCCGUCUUCCUCCCGCCCGCCUCAGCUGGUGCUGGACUGGCGUGGAGUGGAUAUCCAUCCGGACCGGACGUAGAUUGAUUUCUUCUCUUGUUGAAACUGAAAAUAAAAUUUGAGAAAUGAGUAAGCUUGCAAACAUGUUCUCGGCCCUUCAUCUAGAUGCUGAAGAUGAUGGAGAAGAUGGCAUAGCUGAAGCAGCGCAGGCAUCUUCCAGCAUAGAAGCAACUGCUGCCGGUAAACGUGAUAAAAACAGGCAGAAUGGCAUUAUUGCAGUAAACUAUGAUGAAAGGACACUUAUAUCAUCUGGUGAUUUCAAGAUGCCUUUGGUGUGGAUAGACUUGGAAAUGACUGGUUUGGAUAUUACGAAAGAUCGGAUUUUGGAGAUUGCUUGCAUCAUAACGGAUGGUAAACUUACAAAACAAAUAGAGGGUCCUGACUUGGUUAUAAGCCAGAGCAAGGAUUGUUUAGAUAAUAUGGGUGAAUGGUGCAAAACUCACCAUGCAGCUAGUGGUUUGACAGAAAGAGUGCUGCAGAGUGAACUUUCUGAGCGCGAUGCAGAGUCACAAGUGUUAGACUUUGUUAUCAGGCAUGUAGUUUCAGCCACUCCAUUAUUAGCUGGGAAUUCUGUGUACAUGGAUUUACUAUUUCUGAAGAAGUAUAUGCCACAGCUUGCAGCCAUUUUCUCUCAUGUAAUUGUUGAUGUGAGCAGUAUAAUGGCUUUGUGCAUCCGAUGGUACCCCAAAGAACGGAAACAAACUCCAAGAAAACGAAAAACCCAUAGGGCAAUGGAUGAUAUCAAAGAAAGCAUCGCGGAACUGAAAUACUACAAGGACAACAUUUUCAAACCACAGAAAUUUAAGAGGUAGCCACAUGGAUCAAGUAUACAGUCAUCAUCAUGUUGGCCAUUGAAUCGACUGACAAGCAGCCAGAAUCAGAGAGGCAAUUCUCAUUUCAAAGUUUGAUGCCUCUCUUUAAUAUGUAAGAGCUCCAUCAAACAUCGUUUGUAUAUUGAUCAGUGUUUUGGUGUAAUGGCCGUAUUACUCGCCUGCUGCUGGGAUUCUGAACCCUGGAUGUAUCUUGAAGUUUUAGACCAAAGGCAUUUGGCCUUAUUUUUUUAUAGAAAGCAAAUAAGAUA